AAAAAGGAAGAAGGCCGGAGGCCCGGAGAGCUCAAAGGCAAGAGUCUACUUACAGCGUCCUUUUUUCUGGGCAUCUCCGUCGCUGUCUCCCUUCGACACCCAUAUCGAUUUUUUGUUCGAGGACGCGAGUCGCCUUCGUCGAUUGGGCAUUAUUUCUUGGUGAUUUUUAUUUACCCCGAGGGAGUUGUGUUCGCUUGGUGAUUUUCUGUGUAUCUUUUGAAAGAAGAAAAUGUUUGGUGCUAUUCAAAAGGUUGGGCGCAAUGGAUUUGCUGCUGCUGCAUCCAGCUUGGCCCCUAGACAGUCUUUGCACAGGAUUUUUCCUGCGUUAUCUAUGCUACAAAAGAAUUUUUCAAGUGCUGCAAAAGAGAUGACAGUUCGUGAUGCUCUAAAUUCAGCUCUUGAUGAGGAGAUGGCUGCAGAUCCAAAGGUUUUUGUGAUGGGAGAGGAGGUUGGUGAAUAUCAAGGUGCUUACAAGGUUACUAGAGGUCUUCUUGAUAAAUAUGGUCCCAACAGGGUUCUUGAUACCCCCAUCACAGAGGCUGGUUUUGCGGGAAUUGGAGUUGGUGCAGCCUACUACGGCCUCCGUCCUGUAGUGGAGUUUAUGACCUUUAAUUUCUCGAUGCAGGCUAUUGAUCACAUUAUCAAUUCUGCUGGAAAAUCAUUUUAUAUGUCUGGUGGACAGAUAUCUGUACCUAUUGUUUUCAGGGGUCCUAAUGGAGCUGCAGCAGGAGUUGGUGCUCAACAUUCCCAGUGUUAUGCUGGAUGGUAUGGGACUUGUCCAGGUCUUAAAGUGCUCUCUCCUUACUCAUCAGAAGAUGCUCGAGGGCUGCUUAAAGCAGCUAUCAGAGAUCCAGACCCUGUUGUCUUUCUUGAAAAUGAAUUAUUAUAUGGUGAAGCUUUUCCUGUUUCUGAGGAGGCUCUUGACUCUAAUUUCUGUCUUCCAAUUGGAAAGGCUAAGAUAGAACGGUCUGGAAGUGAUGCAACUAUUACAGCUUUCUCUAAGAUGGUUGGUUAUGCACUUCAGGCUGCAGAAAAACUUGCAAAAGAAGGGAUCAGUUUGGAGGUCAUAAAUCUACGAACAAUAAGGCCCCUUGAUAGAGAAACCAUCUUUGCUUCGGUCAAGAAGACCAAUCGGCUUAUUGCCCUUGAAGAAGGUUUUCCCCAAAAUGGUGUUGCUGCCGAAAUUGGUCAAUCGGUGAUGGAGGAGUGUUUUGAUUACCUUGAUGCGCCGGUAUGUAGAGUUUCUGGAGCUGAUGUACCCAUGCCUUAUGCAGCCAACCUAGAAAGGAUGGCCGUUCCACAGGUUGAUGACAUUGUUCGUGCCGUGAAAAGGUCGCUGCAUUCUGUUCCGCUUGCUGCUGUUGCCUAGAGCUUUUUGGUCGGACCAUCGAUUCUUCGGAUUUGAGAAGGCUGGCUUUCCGGAUGUAAAGCUGCAAACUGUAGUUGAGGAAAUGAUAAAAAUUCUCCCCUACGAAAUCUCUAUCUGUAUUUUGUUUUACAUUCUUCCUCUUUGAAGGCUUUGGUGAGCCAAAUUUGUGGAAUAAGCUGAUGAAAAUGAAGAAUUUCACGUGAUCCUCCCAAGUA